AUGUUAAAAAAAUUAUUGCAGGUCGAUUCAUUAGUAACGAUUCGAACAAACAAAGUAAUGACCAAUCGUCUAUUGGCUCGACGUCAAAUGGUUGUCGAAGUCCUUCACCCAAAUAGAGCAUCAGUGCCAAAGGCUGAAAUCCGUGAUAAAUUGGCACAGAUGUAUAAAACAACGCCAGAUUUAGUUUAUACUUUUGGUUAUCAAAUUCAGUUUGGUGGUGGCAGAAGUAGAGGAUUUGCUUUGAUCUACGAUACUGCCGAUUUCGCCAAAAAAUUUGAGCCUAAAUAUCGCCUUCUUAGACAAACUGGUAUAAAAGCAGAAAAAUCUGGGCGUAAACAACGGAAAGAGCGAAAAAAUAGGCAAAAGAAAGUACGCGGUACGAAAAAAUCCAAGGUUGCAGCGGCAAAAAAAUAA